CUCCACAAAAUAUCUUCAUCGCAUUGCAGUGCUGAAUCUAGGGUUUGAAAAUGUCGGGAAGAGGAAAGGGGGGCAAGGGUUUGGGGAAAGGCGGAGCCAAGCGCCACAGGAAGGUGCUUCGCGACAACAUCCAGGGCAUCACGAAGCCGGCGAUUCGCCGCCUCGCUCGCCGUGGCGGCGUCAAGCGGAUCAGCGGCCUCAUCUACGAGGAGACCCGCGGCGUCCUCAAGAUAUUUCUGGAGAAUGUCAUCCGCGACGCCGUGACCUACACCGAGCACGCCCGCCGGAAAACGGUGACGGCGAUGGAUGUCGUCUAUGCCCUGAAGAGGCAGGGCCGCACGCUCUACGGUUUCGGAGGCUGAGGGUUUUGUAUAUGCGUCAAAUGUCUUUUCAAUUUCAAACUUGAAUUGGAUGUAGAAAUGUAGCAGUGCUAAGAGGUCCAAGGAUUUUAGGUUCAAUUCAAUCUACUAGUUUUUGGGGUUUUGAAGGACAUUGGCAACUAUAUCUAGCAUAUGGUAUUGCUUUCGUUUGGUUCAAUUCAAUCCAAUUUAUAUUUGCAAA